AUGGCGGAUCGAGAUGAGAAUAACGAAAACAUGGUCAUUGUCGACGACGACGGCGAGUUUGACGACGAUGAAGAUGGCGAAGAGGUUCAAGAGGGGCAAGGACAAGGAAAUAAUGAGUUGGUUGUCAAUGCUUUGACUUUAUUAAGAGCUCCCAGAAAGUCAGACCUGGCUCGUAAACGUAAAGUCAAUGUUAAUCCACGCAAACAUCAAACUCGCAUUGUACAUGCUAAGACUUCAACUGCCCCAAAUGUUUCUGUAGCUGUAAGAAUCCAAGAAUUUCCACAAGAAUGCUUCAAGGAUACUGCGAUUCGCAAGGGAGCAUUUUUUUGUGAAGCAUGUCGCGAAGAAAUAUCAGUUAAGAGAUCAACUAUCAUAAAUCAUAUAAACACUCACAAACAUCUGUCUGGAAAAGAGAAAUUACACCAAAAGGCAAAACGUGAGAGAGAUCUGGCAGAAGUUCUACGCGCAUAUGACGAAGAAAACCAUCCGAUAGGGGAAACAUUGAGUAUGAAUACCAGAGUAUUUCGUCUUAAAGUUGUAACAGCCUUCAUGAAGGCUGGAAUAGCCAUUAAUAAGAUAAAUUGCUUCAGAAGUAUCUUAGAAGAGUCAGCUUAUAAACUGACAGAUCGAACAAACAUGGCCUAGCUGAUUCCCGUGGUACACCAGGAGGAGAAAAAAAACACUCUUGAAGAACUGACAGGAAGAGAGAUAUCGAUUGUGUUUGAUGGUACCACCAGGCUAGGAGGAGCAUUAGUUAUUAUUGUUAGAUUCCUCGACAGUGAGUGGAAAAUCCAACAGAGGCUUUUGCGAUUUCUCUUGCUUGCUAACUCUUUAGCAGGAGAAGAAGUUGCAAGGGAGAUCAUCAGUGUUCUUGCCAGAGAGUAUGGUGUUGCCACAGAGCUACCGGUUGCUACUAUGCGUGAUAGGGCCAGUGUUAACAAUGUAGCAGUGAGAACUAUUAAGGUGAUUUUCCCCAAUAUUCUAGAUAUUGGUUGCUUUUCUCACACUCUUGAUCAUGUGGGAGAGAAGUUCGAUACUCCUGUUCUCACCAAAUUCAUCAAGCACUGGGUCUCACUAUUUGCACACUCACCACAUGCCAAACUUCUGUGGAAAGAUCGUACUGGAAAAAGUCUCACGACGUACUCACCAACAAGAUGGUGGAGCCAAUGGGAAUGCAUUAAACAGGACUUAUUCCUUUUCUACCCCCAUGUCACAGCCUUCCUGACUGCAAAUAGGGAUACUGGCACUGCUCCAGCCACAACAAGGAAGCUACUGGACAUAAUCGCAAACUCUGAAGCCAAGCUGAAGAUAGAGAUCGCAGCAACUGUUGAUGCAGGUGAACCAUUCGUGAAGAAGACAUACAGCCUCGAAGGGGACGGUCCUUUGGUACUGGAAGCUUAUGAUGCUAUCAUCGAACUUGCAAACUGUGUGAGAUUGAUGCACAUGCCAAAUGUAACACAGAUUUCCUCUGAAUUAGCUGCCACAGAUGGUCCAGAUCAACGCGACCAAGAACAGUGGCAAGAUUAUGCUUGUCAGUGUGUCCAGCCAGGAUUUAACUACUUUCUGGACACCUUUGCAAAUGCAGAUAAUCUGUCACAGCCACUGUCUUGCUUCAAAGCAGCACGGUUAGUUGACCCUAGAAGGGUUAAUGACUUGGUACCUACAGUUGCAGAUGUCAAAGAGCUUGGAAACUUUACAUUCAUAAGUAACACUGAUCUGGAUGGACUAGUUGCGGAGCUACCUGCAUACCUGGCUGCGUCAACUGGGGUUCAUAACGAUGACAUCCUUGCUUGGUGGAAAAGACAUGAGGACGUUUUGCCCAGAUGGUCAAGGGAAGCACGAAAGAUUUUCCUCUGCCAGCCUUCGUCUGCUGCAGCAGAACGAGCCUUUUCUCUCCUGAAAGCAUCCUUCAAUGAACAUGUACAGCAAGAUUCAGCACUGGAAGAUUAUAUUGAAACAUCCCUGAUGCUGCAAUACAAUGGACGCGGCCUUGGACGGUGA